UUAGUGUUUUACGAAGUUGUAAAGUAAUACAAUAUACAAUCACAAAAUAAAUAAAUAGAAUAAUGAGAGACAUUUAACGAUUAACACAGUAUUUAAUAUAAUUAAAUUAGUGCCUUUAGUGUCGUGCCUUACUUAAAACGAAAAGUUAAUUUGUUUAUAUGUAAUGAAAGUCAAUUAAAUUAUAAUUUAAAAUGCACACUUCGCUUACAAGAUUGUAUAUUUUGUUAUUAACCCUGUAUACAGCCAAAGCUGAAAUCGGAGAAGUUGACUUAAACGAAUUGUCAGAACAGCAGAAUUCAGUAAAAAUAAACAAGUGUUGCGAACCUAACGAGCUUAUGGUCGACUCUAUAUGCAGAUUGGCUGAGCAAUAUAAUCAAAGUCUAUGGGUGCCAGAAUUUAAAACAGAAGAUGGCAAAAAUACUACAGUAAAAUAUUUUCGUUAUGUUAAUGGAGUACCAAAUUGUGCAACAACACAACAAAGGCCUAUUUUUGAUUUGGGAAAGUCUGAAGACAAGUUGAAUUUGUUAUCAGAUGGUCAUCUUCAGCACUUAAUUCAUCAUGAACACAGUUCUGAUAAUAUAAAGGAUGACCCGCUAAUAACUAACACAUACAGCAUUCAUGAAUCCAUUGCAAUACCUCAAGAGAAAGAGCCCUCGUUCUAUAUACAUAACCAAGAUAAAUAUUGUUUGGAUAAGAUACUAAUAACAAGUUCAAAUGCAACUGGACUAUAUGCAUUAGUAUGUGUCCCGGAAGUUAUAAUAAAUUGGAAAGAGACAAGUUUUCUCAUGAAGAAAAUAUUGAAUCCUCUGUUUCAUGCUAUGGCAAUGAUAUUAUUUCUUAUUGUUGCCAUUAUAUACUUUGUUUUACCAACAUUACGUGAUUUAGCUGGCAACAUAAUAACAACUAUUAAUAUCUGUUUAAUAGUAAGUCAAGCAGCUGACUUAGUGAGGAUAUUUACUGAGUACAGUAAUCAUAUAAGCUUUAUGGUUACGGAUGUAAUAUUGUACAUGAGUCUCCUGGGUGCAUUCUUUUGGCUUAACAGUUUUGGUUUUUACAUCUGGAAGACAUUCAAAUCCCGAAAUGUGUUCUUAAGAGUGACAGAUGUUCGAAAAUACUGUUACUACUCAAGUGUAGUUUGGUCGUGUGUUGGUUUAAUGGCUGCUAUGGCUAUAUGCGCGCACUAUUUACUUGAUACUGGCAUUGAUCCAUACAAAAAGAUGCGACUUUCCACUACUAUUUUUAUUGAAGAUGUCGAACAAGAAACAAUAGGAUGGCUGGGAAUAGCUGUGUUUUUCACACCUAUCGCUUUUACUAUAUUAUUUAAUCUAUUCUUUUACAUAACAACGAUAAAAGUUAUCAAAAGAAUAAAUAUAUAUGGAAGGAUUCAUUACAAACUCAAAGGAUGCUUUGACUUAUUUGUGCAGCUAUUCAUAAUAAUGACAAUGGCAUGGAUUUUCCUCCUUCUGUCGUGGCUUAACUUUGACGGUUUAUUAUACGCACACAUAGUUGUAAAUUUACUACAAGCAAUAUUAAUAUUCUAUGUGUGUGUAGUGAGACAAUCUCAUGUCAUGUUUCUGCUGCGAAAGAGCUGUUGUUAUGCAGAGCCUAUACCCACUGGGGAAUGGGGAGAUGAGAUGACUCAUAUGAAUGGUGGUAAUUAUUAAUGUAUUAAUUACAUAUUUAUAUAUAUACAGCUAAUAUGAAAAAAUAAUAAUCCAAAUGAAACAAAAAUAAACAAUUAAGUUAUUGUAGCAAGUUAACUUAACAACUGUUUAAGUUCACUAUGAAAUCAGCACCAAAAACUGAGUUAAAUUUGAAAAAGUAAUUUGAUUAUAAAUAUUUUAUUAAUAAGAAUCUCAAGCAAUCAGAUACAUGCUGUAUUAACUGAUAAUAACGGCUUUAAGUGUUGUUCAAACAAAAAUCAUUUUCUCUCAAAUCGUGACUCCAUAAGAUAUAUAGACAAAAUAUUAAAUAUAUAUAAGAGUUAUAUUAACAUGUAUUUACUGAAAUUUGAGCUGCGUGCCCACAGAUAGUGAUUUAGAAUAAGACAAACAGUAUUUUGCAGAGCAAUAUAUUAUUAAUAUAGUAUUAUUGGUGCUGGUGAACAUUGAUUAUCACUAGGCUUUGAUAUGUUUUACAGUUCAGGUCUGAUAAUUUCAGACUUCUCUUUUUGAAUUUUUAUCAUCAAAUCUUUUAACAAUAAGUUAAAAAAAUGUUUUUUUAAUUAUAAAUAAAAGACAAAUUAUAUCGAAUAUAAUAUUUUGACUGAUUUACACUUUAAUUGAGAUUUAAAACAAGUGCUUGUAAACUAUAAAUAUAUAUAAUAAUAAUACUACAAUUGUAAAACCAGUAUUUCUCAGUGUUUAAGUAAUCGAUUUUUAUAUAUGAAAGCCAUAUAAAAUACCAAAUUUUUGCUGUUUAAGUUAAUAAUUUUUAUAUCAAUGUAUUUAUUUCACAAUGCUUGUAAUUAUUUUUCUUCCUGCCCUUAUCCCACUAUGUGGGGUCGGCACAACAUGUAUUUUCCUUCAACUUCUCUGUGUUACUCAUGAUCUCAUUAACACCUUUCAUACAAAUAUCCUUUCUUACAGAAUCCAUCCACACUUUCAUCGGCCUCCCCCGUCCCCUAUAUCCAACAACAUUCAUACUCAUCACCCUUCUAGUAACAUGCUGUUAAUCCCUCCUUAUCACAUGCCUUAAUUAUUUAUAAUUAUUUAUAAAUUUAAAUAAUUCUCUGUAUUCACAAACUGAUAAACACUUUAUUUAUUACAUAUCUGUAAUAUUUGUAAUCUUGAAAUAAUUUCAAGUAGCUCAUUUAAGAUACUUAAUUAGGUUUUAAUUGGACCAAAAGUUUUUUAUAAGUAAAAUUUGUUAAUUGUGUUAUAUUAUAAGUAUACCUUAUUCGUUUGUAUUUAACUAUUUAAUGACUUUAUUGUAUUUCUUUUUGAAAUUUCCUUUAUUGUAAUGACACAAAAAUGUUAAGACUGCAUUUUUAUAUGAAUUAUUAUCCGUCCUGAAGUUUACUAAAAUAUAUAAAUUUUAAUGUAGUUAUGAUAAUUGACAAUUGUGCAGAUUUUGAAUCGAAUUUAUAUAUAGCUCUCUAGCACUAUAUUAGCUUAAUUAAAAAUCCGUAAUUCAAAUUGUAUAGUAAAAAUUACUGGUAUAUAGCAUUUACACUAACAUAACUUAGAUAUAUGUACCUAUUGUGACUUAACUGUUUUUAAAAUGUACACCAAUUUAUAUGAGCUUAU